UGGGAAGCGAAGUGGGGAAUGAAGGUGAUUAUUCAAGUUAUGGUGCUGUGGUUUUGCGCGUUUUGCGUGAUAGGAAACGCGGUGUUCCCGUACGCCGCGGGCGUUCUCGGGUUCGACACGUCGAGCUUCACGCAGCGAGGAUUGGCGACGUACAGUUUGUGCUUAGAUUUCACGCAAAUGCUCAUGACUUGGUUCGUUUUGCGUCAAUCCUUACGUCCAUUUCGGCCGUUCGGGGUGAAUUGGUUCCCAGUGCGCUGGUUUGAGGACAGAAAGUACCUGAGAGACGUCGCCGUGGCGUGCGUGGCGUUUCCAUUCGUCGUGUGGUUGCACGGAUUGAGCACGACUUUAUUGGAGCACAUCGGCUUGAUUGCUUUCGACGAAACCGUCACCGCGGCGUGGGAACAAAGCAUGAAGUCGAAUGAUAUCAUAUCGAAAGCGUUCUACAUGCUCUUGGCCUCAUUCGCCGCCCCCGUGUGGGAAGAGCUCAUCUUUCGAGGCUUCUUCUUCGCCUCCCUCACCGCCUUCACCGGCGCCGCGCGCGCCAUGCUCAUCUCCUCCACCCUCUUCGCCUGCGCUCACUUCUCCCUCGAGCAGUUCCUUCCCCUCACCUUCCUCGGCUGUCUCAUGUGCGUCGUCUUCGUUCGCACGCGCAACCUCCUCGCCCCCGUGCUCGUGCACAGCGCGUGGAACGCCUGGGUCCUC